AUGAAGACUUUCACUGCAAUUUUAUUAUUCGCUGCAUUUGCUUCAUGUUCAGCUGAUAUUUCUCUCAAACUUAGAGAAAAUGACUUCUCUCACAUCAACGAUCAAGGAGAAUAUCAUUUUGGUUUUAAUGAUGGACAUCAAGCGAGGCAGGAAGAACGUUCUGCUGAAGGAGUUGUUCGUGGAGCUUAUCGUUAUAUCGAUGCUAAUGGAGAAGUUCAAACUGUUACUUACACAGCUGAUAAACAUAAUGGAUUCUUAGCUUCUGGAUCAAAUAUUCCAAAAAUUGGUCGCAUUCCAGAAAGUGGAGAUAGUAUUAAAAUAGCUCCAGCUGGUGUUAUUGUUGAAGAUACUCCCGAAGUUAGAGAGGCAAGAGCAGCACACUUGGAAGCUCAUAGAGUAGCUCUUAAUGGAGGAAAUAUAAUUGGUCAGAGUCUUCCCGUUCAGGUGCAGUACACUCCAGAGGUUGCUGCAGCUCGUGCACAACACAUAAAUGCACUCAAUCAGGAAUAUUUGCGUAGUGGAAAUUACUAUCCAAUCACGUAUGCUAGUCAGCCAGCUGUUCAGUAUGUGAUUCCAGGAGCUCAAUAUCAUCCAGAUUAUUUGCCUUAUGCUGCUUUGUAA